CCUUCUCACAGCCAGACGCCAUAGGCACGCCUCCACUAGUCGUCCCACUUCAGACUGGACAGACUAGAAUACUCUGUUGCCUCUAUCUUUAGCCUGUUUAUUUGCAAGUCCAACGUUAAACUUGUUAAGAACAAACUACACUUGAUGUUAACACUAAGUGUGCUACACAUACGGGUGAACAUGUAGCAAUGGAUUUUAUGAAGCUGUUUGGCACCGUUAUCGCCGUUUUGUUCCACCCUGGAUCCGCGUCCAAAAUAAAUGGCCAGAGGAUCUGUCGGCGCGGGACAGAGCGCCCAUGCUACAAGGUGUCCUACAUCCAGGAAAGCAGACGGAGGCUGACCUUUGAGGAUGCCAGGCAGGCCUGCAGGUUGGAUGGAGGCGACUUACUCAGCAUUGAAACAGAAAGCGAGCAGCACCUGAUGGAGAGAUUCAUACAGCAGCUGCAGGCUGGAGAUGGUGACUUCUGGAUUGGCCUCCGCCGCAGCCCACAGCGGUACAGGGCAGAAAGCGCAAACCCAGGUUGCCCCUCGCAGUACUAUUGGCUGGAUGGAAGCAAGGCCAAGUUCAGGAACUGGCAUUGGGACGAGCCAUCAUGUGGUGUUGAAAUGUGUGUGGUUCUGUACUAUCAGCCCUCUGCACCCCCCGACGAAGAAGGACAUUUCCUUUUCCAGUGGAACGAUGACAACUGCAACUCCAAGAACAACUAUGUCUGCAAAUACUCAGAAGAAAGAGUACAAGUGUUUACCGAGGGGAACAAAGUCCAUGCAGUUCCAUCUCUGAGGCCAAACAUAUCCUCAACUACAGAAAGAGAUGAGAGGAUAAAAAUAGGACUACCAGAGUCAUCAGUAUCUUUCUCAGAGAACACCCUCUAUGUUUCCUACAUCCUUUAUGCAACCAUUCCUGCUCUGCUGCUGCUGCUGUUUGCAGCUGCUGGGUUCUUCUGCUACAGAAAGCAUGCCAAGAGGAGGAAAACAAAAACGGAUAGCUACCCCAGCCGAUCCAAACCUUGGAAGACAACAACAGCAUCACCUUAUGCUGUACAAGGACCUUACGCUUUCAGUGAUGUUACCAAACUGACACACACUGCUCUGGACAGCAGAAUGCCGGCAGACAUCAUGGCAAAGUAUCCGUGUGCUCCUUCCAAGGACUCCCAGUGUGACGAUUAUGAGAAUGUGUCAUGCGUGGAAAGGGAGAGUGGCUUUGUGAACAAUGACAUCUAUGAGACCUGCAGAGGUCAGGGCCGGCAUGCUGGUUGGGUUGAAAAUGAGAUUUACGGAUAAACAGUGCUCUCUGUAAGUGUCGUUCAACCUUAUACCAACUAUCUAACCAGUUAGACACAGGAACGCCAUGCUCUCCAUCCCUUUCUUCCUGCAGGACGACUAAACACGUGGCUAUUUCGGCCUGAACUUGUGUUCCAAAAACCUUUCACCAGUGUGUAUGUAUCUCCAGUUUUUGCAUUCUGAAGCAUCCAGCGUUCAAAUUUGCAAUUCAGAUCAAUUCUUGAAGAAGGGUAUCCCAAAGAUUUGCCAAAUGUAAGGCUAAUUUUCAAGUUGUGAAUAUGAGCAUGGCAUAUGGUUGGAUUUAAGUGUAAUACAUGGGUUGCAUUAAAUGCUAAUCUAUUCUCAAUACCUUUUAUUAUUAGAAUAGGCAAAGCAUCAGCAGAAAUGUUAUCUCCUCUGUGACACCUUCUUAUCACACUAAUUUGAUCAAAUGUUGAUGAUUUACAGGUACAAUGCAGAGAACAGAUAAGGGGUCAUGGCCAUGUCGGAUUAGUCUUGCAGAAAAUUGGGAAGAAAUUAACUAUUUGUAGAUCAAAUGUUGGUGGAUCCAAUUCAAUAGAUGUUGAGACAAUUUUCUCAGAAACACACAAAUGUCACCCUAAUGAUGCCGCUAUAACAUUGAGAUACAUAAUGUGGACAAAUACUCCAACAAAAGAUGUAACACCACAGCAGCACGAAGGCUUUGGCUUUAAAGAGGCAUUAAUAAACUCAAAUAAGCGAUACUGAGUCAUGUCAGGUUUGCUGUGCAGCAGUGCUGUUAUAUUUAGCUUGUUGGAUUUUUCACUACCCCUAGGAAUAAGUGCAAGUUUUGAGGACUCACGCAGGGUUACUCAUUUUUAAACAAACCAAAAUUAAACUACUCAACCUUUUUCCAGUGACGUCAGAUAUUAUGAAAGAAAAGAUCCUUUUGUCUUAUUAUAUGGCAGUAGAGUUGUCCUAUUUAGGGGGCUCUUUUGACCCUUUCUCUGAAACUGAAUAGUGGUGUCAGCCCAGUGUAAGGCUUCCUGUUUGGACUCUGAUGUCAGGGAACAGGACAGCCCAUGCGGAAACACUGAUGACAGAACUCUGCUGACCCCAGUCAACCUCAAAGCUGCAGGCUUUUCCCGACUCCACCUGACCGUGUGGGAAAUGCAACACUCAUCUGACAGUACAGAGACUUUUAGUAGUGACCACAUCUGAGUAUUUCAUGGAUUCAUUCAUCAGUGUUAGCUUGUAAAACAUGCCUGUCGUUUAUCUGUAAAUAACUGAACACAAAUGCCUGUGUUCUUUGUGAGUGGGCUCCUGGGUAUGUGUUUUGGAAAGAUGUAGCAAGCCCAGUAAGGAGAGGCUGAGUGUGUUCUUGGAGAAUUUUAGACAGGAAAUGCCAAAAGCACAUCUGGAACUCUUACAUUCAGGAAGUCUAUGCGUGACAGCGGAGGCCUUUGGAGCGCUGCUCUGCCUGCCCACUUAGUAAUCCACUGCUAUGUGUUAGACUGUGCCUGCAUGAUUUAAAGCAAACCACUGCUGGGUGUGAAUGUAUGCUUCGUUUCAAACAUGACAUGAUCUCCAGGGGGUCAAAUAAAGGUUUGGUUACAA